CUUUUGUAUUAUACAACUUACAAGUCUAUAGUUCUCGCUCAGCGCUCGUAGUGCAGUGGCCGUGGGUUGCCUUCUGAUCUGGAGCUAGCCAUGGGGAAAAAGAAAAAGUCAGAGGAGAAGCGAGGGAGGGCUCAAGAAAAAGCCGCUCAAAAAGCUGACAAGAAGCAAAAAUCGAAGAAAGGAGAAGGAGAGGAGGACUUCGAUGCAAUACUCAAGGAAAUCCGCGAGCUUGAUGCGAAACGAACAGCAGUGACGGAGACGAAAUGCCCUCCGCCUUCACCAAGAUGCUUUGGAUCACUCGUGGCCCAUCCUGAAAAGCAGGAACUGUUGCUUUUCGGAGGGGAGUUCUUUGAUGGCCGCCAGACAAGCUGCUACAAUGACCUGUUCAUCUACAACAUCCGUCACGACGAAUGGAUCAAAUGGGACGUUCCCAAUCCACCGCCGCCUCGCUCUAGUCACCAGGCUGCCUGCGUGCCGCAAGGUGGUGGUCAAAUGUGGCUGUUUGGUGGUGAAUUUACUUCAGCGAAUAACGAAUCGUUUCAUCACUUCCGGGAUUUGUGGAUGUUGGACCUGGCUCAUGCCAAGUGGGAAAAUGUCAAGGCACCAGGUGGUCCAUCAUCGCGCAGUGGACAUCGAAUGGUUGUGGCCAACAAACACCUCAUAGUGUUCGGAGGCUUCCAUGAGAAACCUCGUGAUUUCCUAUACUUCAACGAUGUGUAUGCAUUCUCGUUGCAAUCGCAAGUGUGGCAUCGUAUCAAUGCUGCCGGUGGACCAUCACCACGCUCGGCUGCAUGCCUGAGCACAACACCGCGCGGUGCUUUGCUGGUGAUCGGCGGCUAUAGCCGGCAGAAGGUCAAGCGUGAUGGUGCGCAGAAGCCUGUCAUCCUGGCGGAUGCCUGGUCCCUCGUGCCGCUCGACACUCCAUCAGCAAGUUCCGAAGCUGCUAAAGCUGCUUCCUCCAGUAAAAAGCCAGCAACGAAGAAAGCCGAAGCUGGUCUCCGGUGGAAGUGGGCGAAGAUCAACCCAAGUGGCCAGGGGCCUGGAGCAAGAAGUGGUGCUACUACUAUUCAGCUGACAGAGAAACGUGCUUUGCUCUUUGGAGGUUCAGAGGAUGUGGACAAGGAUGAGGAAGGCCUUCAGUCACAGUUUCUUGCCGACAUGUACCAACUGGCAACGGAUGGAAAGCCGCCUCGCUGGUUUGAGGUGAACGUGGACGAGCUAAGCCGACAAGCCGGUGGUCCUAAGGUCAAGCGUCGCCGCAAGAAGAAGCCUGCCUCACAGGAGAGCAAAGCUGCAUCAGCUUCUGCUGCAGAUGCUGCUCAGGAUGAAGCAGAUAAUAGUGAUGAUGAUGAGAGCGAGUACGAAACAGACACUGAUGAUGAGGACGAGGAAGAUGCCGAUGCGAAUGAUGGCCAAGAUCAGAGUAAUCCCUCACCUGACCCAUCAAGUUCAGCUGUAGCUUCUGAGCAAGCAACCUCUGGCGAUGGAGUGAGCACGGAUGGCAAUGUUGUGACAGUUUGCCCAGACUCAGUUUUCACAGUGGUGAUGAAGAAAGCAGAUCCAGCACGGCAGUCCGCGGCAGCGGCAUCAGCGGAAAGCAAAGACAAACAGGCCGCAGGUGAUGGUUCGGAAGCGGCUGCGGACAUCUGUGCUGGGCCCAUUCCUCGCAUCAGUGCCUCGCUAGCUACCAAGGGUGGCACUGUGUUUGUGUAUGGUGGAAUGUAUGAGCAGGGCGACAGACAAGUGUAUCUGGAUGAUAUGUAUUCGUUAGACAUCCUGCGCCGUGGGGGUGGCUCAGGUGGAUGGAAGUGCUUAGUUGCUCUGAAGUCUGAGUCCCUUCCAUGGUUGGAGGUGGACGAAGAGGAAGAAGAGGAUGAAGAUGAUGAGGAGGAGGAGGAAGAAGCCGAUGAAGAUGAGGAAAAUAGUGAUGAUGGAGAAGAUGCCACUGCAGCCUCGAAGGCCGGAGAUGGUGAACAAUCGGAUGAGGAAGAAGAAGAAGAUGGAAGUGAUGAAGAGGGCGAAAUUCAAGUGAAUGAAGGCGAGGGCAUGGGUGAAUUCUACAUUCGAACCAAAGAACAAUGGCUAGUCAAGGCGGACAUGUCGUUCAAAGCUGAUCACGAUGGAGACGAUAUCGACGAGGAGGCACGUGAAAAAGCAGUGAAAGCCCUGGCGUUUCAAAUGGCCAAGGCUGCUCACAAAGCAGCAUCCUCAUAGAUGAACCAUGGUCUGGGUCUGUUGAUCUGGAGUCCUCCGGCAAAACGUAAUGUAUACACGUGAUAUAGUACUGUACAUAUUUAUCCAUGCUUGUACAUACAGGUAACAUAUGUGCUACUGAGCAAGUGGCACCUCUCUACAACCUAGAUGCCUCACACAUUCAUGUUGCAUUCUAGCUGAUUCACGUAGGGUUGUAGUCAUUGUACAUAGAUGAUAGAUGUGUGUGUGUGUGUGUGUGUGCGUGUGUGUGUGUGUGUGUGUGUGUGUGUGUGUGUGUGUGUGUGUGUGUGUGUGUGUGUGUGUGUGUGUGUGUGUGUGUGUGUGUGUGUGGUAUGUGUGUGUGGUGUGUGCGUGUGUGUGUGUGUGCGUGUGUGUGUGCGUGUGUGUGUGUGUGUCUCUCUCUCUCUCUCUCUCUCUCUCUCUCUCUCGUGUGGCUUUGUACCUGUACUUGUGUAAUUUGAGCCUUGGCUCACACAUUCACAUUGACUUCAAGCUUAUAGAAUGAUCAUACCAAUGUGAAACCUUGUUUUCGUUCCUCAAACUUAUGAAAAUUAUAUUUUUACCGUCAUAAUCUUGUCUAGGAUAAAACUUGAGCAUGAGCCCAUGCGAUAGCAUAUAAUCAAGUAAAUUAGAUACUCGUUUGAGUCAUUUCACCCGACACGGACAACACAUACAUAGGAAAUGACUAAACCAACAUACUUCGAAUAACACAUCCAAUGCCUGUGUUGCGUUUGUUA